AUGUCAAGAGAAUCCCUCUUUUUAUUUAGGGCAAUCCUUACAAGGAGGAAGAGAAAUGGAGCUCAAAGGAAAGAGGUCCAGUUGAAACUUGGCUCUAGCGAUAUCUUGGCGAAAUUUGGCAAACCUUCAUAUCCUCCAAAGGAGGUACUCAUCAACGGAGACGAGAGGCCGAUUAUCAUGAGCAGCUCUGGAAUGGCUACCCUGCCUAAGCACAACGGGUUGUUGGAUAGAGCAGAGGAGGGCGAUUCCAUGGGAGGCAAUAAGGGUGCCCAAGGCACUGGUAAUGCCGUGAGAGGCGAAGGCGAUGGCGCUAGGGGUCAUGCCACAAAGAGCAAGACUAGAAGAGGCUUCGGCGAGGUGAGGAGGGGCUUCGGUGAGGCGUAG